AUGAAUAGGCUUUUUGACAGCCACGGGGACAUUCUCCGAGCUAGUGAGAGUACUCUUAUCUAUUUUGUUACCUUUCUCGCGCGUAGAGUAAAGCACGGUACUAUUCGCACAUACUUGGCGGCCGUUCGCAACAUGCACAUCGAAAACGGAUUCCAGGACCCUAUACAGGGUCGCCUAAUUUCAAACAAGGUUUUGCGGGGCAUUUUACGGGGGCAGGGUCAGCACAAAACAGCUCGUCAACCCGUAACUCCACAGCUCUUAAAAGCCAUUCGUCCGGUUUUGCUUAGCUGGCUAAGCGCGCAUGAUUUCCACAUGAUUUACAUUCUCAGAGACGCAGCACGCGCUUGCGGCUUUCCUCAUAGCAGCUUAAAGGGACACUCAUUAAGAAUCGGGACGGCAAGCUACGCUGCCGCUGCAGGCCUGCCCGACUGGCUUAUCAAAGUGCUAGGUCGUUGGUCCUCUGAUUGCUACCAGCUAUACGUACGUACACCACAAAACAUUUUAUUAACUGCUGCACCAAAUGACUCUGACUUAAGCAUUGUUGUUAUUGCGCUUGGGCGGAUGCAUUCUGCAUCUUGUGGCGGUUAG